AUGUUCGAGACAGUGGUGAAGGAUAUCGCGAAGCUGUGGUCACUAUGUCCCUCUAUCCGAAUGACGGUGCAGGCCGAGGACCCAGAUAGCUUCACCUUCAUUGCCUCUUCUACCUGUGGACUUGGCACAGUUAACUUGGAUUCCGUAAGUAGUGAUAUAGUCAGUGGAGGGUUUCUUGGCACGCUGGUUGGAAUCUAUGCUACGAGUAAUGGUGGACAGGGUGGGACUCCUUCUUACUGGACUCGCUGGAGUUAUAGCUCGGUCGCCCAGGAGAUUUACGAUGGGGAAGUCGUUCCAACACUAAAUAGAAAUACAUAA